AUGGCAGCCAAGCGUUUCGAAUGUCUGGCGCGCAAGAUGGUUCGAGAUCCAGCACUGGCAGCCAACCUGAAGAAGCACAUUGCGGAGUACUUGCUUAAAGGCUAUGCGCAUCGCGCUACGGAAGAGGAACUAGAACGAGCUGAUCCGAGGCGCGUAUGGUAUCUACCGUUGGGUACAGUAACAAAUGCAAGGAAACCCGGUAAAGUCCGUCUAGUGUGCGAUGCGGCAGCUACAGUCGAUGGAAUAUCACUGAAUUCCAUGCUGCUUAAAGGUCCAGACCAGCUUACGUCGCUUCCGGCCGUGCUACUUCGUUUCCGGCAGUAUAUGGUGGGAGUUUCUGCAGACAUUAGAGAAAUGUUCCAUCAGCUGUUGAUUCAAGAGUCAGAUCGUCAUGCUUUACGAUUCCUAUUUCGGAGUGAUCCAUCGGAACAAUUGGAAAUCUAUAUAAUGGACGUGGUGACCUUCGGAGUCACCUGUUCACCAGCGUCGGCGCAGUAUGUAAAGAACACAAACGCUGCAGAAUUUGCUGAUGUCUUUCCACGGGCGGUUGAAGCUAUUUUGAAGAAUCACUAUGUGGAUGACUUUCUCGAUAGUUUCGAGAGCGUUUAUGUUUCCCAAGAAGUGAGAACCAUACACCAAAAACGAGGUUUCCAUCUCAGAAACUGGCUAUCAAACAACGCUAUAGUGCUAAACGAACUGAAGGAAGAGGAAACUUUGGGAACCAAGAUCCUCUGCGUGAGUCCAACAGACGGAUGCGACCGAGUAUUACGAAUGCUGUGGCUCACGGAUGAAGAUGAGCUGCGGUUUUCGAUGAAAAUGAAGGAUGAAGUUCAGGAGGUAAUUUGUAGAGGUGAUCGGCCGACUAAACGGCAGAUGCUGAAAUGUCUGAUGGGGAUCUUCGAUCCAUUGGGACUUCUGAGCGUGUUCCUCAUUCACGGCAAAAUACUUCUUCAGGAUGAAUGGCGAGCUGACCUGCAGUGGGACGAAAAGUUGCCGGAAGCAAUAUUCGACCGAUGGAUCAGGUGGACUGGACUGUUUCGUAAGAUUGGUGACUUACGAAUCCCUCGCUGUUACUUCAAGAAAGCGACCACGCAAACAUACGAUCAACUUCAACUUCACAUCUUCGUUGAUGCAAGCGAAGCUGCAUUCUCCGCUGUAGCUUACUUUAGAGUGGUCAACGCUGAAUGCUCAAUAGUUGCUGCCAAGACGAAGGUCGCACCGCUCAAGCCACUCUCAAUUCCACGCUUGGAACUACAAGCAGCAGUCCUGGGAAGUCGCUUGAUGUCUUUUGUACAGGAGGGUCACAGCGUCGAGGUGAAGCGACGAUUUCUGUGGAGUGAUUCCGCGACUGUAUUGGCUUGGCUGCGAGCUGACCACCGCCGCUACAAACAAUACGUAGCGUGUCGGAUUGGAGAGCUACUAUCAAAAACGGACAUAGCAGAAUGGCGAUGGGUCCCCAGCAAACUCAACCCUGCGGAUGCGGCGACAAAAUGGGGAAAGAACUCGUGUCCUGAAGUCACUGACGAGUGGUUCAGAGGCCCGGAAUACCUUCGUCUCCCUGAGAACGAAUGGCCGAAGCAAACCAAGGAACUGGUGCAACCAAAAGAAGAACUACGGCCCUGUUUUGUGAUACAAGGUAUAACAAUUCCAGCUACCAUAGUAGAUUUCUGUCGAUUUUCGAGGUGGAGCCGGCUAUUAGGAACAGUUGCGUACGUGCACCGUUUUGUGGACAAUUGCAGGCGUAGAAGACGAGGAGAAGAAACACAAUCAUCGUAUCUGAGCCAGGAUGAGCUGAAGAAAGCGAAGAACACAUUGAUGCAAAUGGUGCAGUGGGAGGAGUAUCCUGAGGAGAUGAACUUGAUACUGGGAAGAAAAAUGGAGCUACACAAAACGAGCGCCUUGUACCAGUUGACGCCAACAGUGGAUCAAUACGGAGUUCUACGGGUCGGUGGAAGAACUGGAGCUGCGCCACAUACUACGUUUGAUGCCAAGUUUCCAGUAAUUCUCCCGAGGAAACAUCCAGUAACCAGUUUGAUUGUGGAUGAUUUUCACCGAGCUUUUCGCCACAGGAACUCCGAAGCAUUGUGUAAUGAAGUUCGCCAAUUCUACUAUAUCUCUCGGCUGAGGACGGUAGUGAAGCAAGUAGCGGUUGCUUGUCAAUGGUGCAAGUUGGCGAAGGCAAAACCGAAGGUACCGCAAAUGGCACCACUCCCUAUGGCUCGCCUGUCGUCCUUUACCCGACCGUUCACGUACGUUGGAAUUGAUCUGUUCGUCCCGCUGUCUGUGAAGGUAGGAAGGACUACUGCAAAACGCUGGAUCUGCUUGUUCACCUGCUUGACAACUCGUGCUGUCCAUGUGGAGGUUGUAUACAGCCUUUCCACACCGUCCUGCGUGAAGUGCAUUCGCCGUUUCGUUUGCCGCCUUGGAACGCCAGCGGAGAUUUAUACAGAUAACGGCACCAAUUUCCAGGGUGCAGAGAAUCUGUUACGAAAGCAGAUUAAGGAAAUUCACGACGGACUGGCAGCAACUUUCACAAACACAGAUACCAAAUGGAUCUUCAUACCACCAGGAGCACCUCACAUGGGCGGUGCUUGGGAAAGAAUGGUGCGAUCGAUAAAGACGGCCAUGCAGACCGCUUAA